AAAUUCGAAUUUUGAACUCAGUCGUUCGCGGGAACGUUUGCGUGGCACAUCGGAAAACGCGCUCUCUGGUUUUUUAUUUUUUUUAUAAUCCGGCACUCGUAAGGUGUUUAAAGAUGAAGUACCUGAUUGUUUUGGCUGUUUUCGCGUUGGCUUUCGCCGCUGAGGAGAAGAAGGAUGGAGAGGCGAAGAUCUACAUGCGGUUGAUCCCCGCUGAUGUGUUGAGAGAUUUCCCUGGCCUUUGCUUCGCAUCCACCCGUUGCGCUACCGUCGAGCCUGGCAACUCCUGGGACCUGGCUCCCUUCUGCGGGCGCAGCACCUGCAAGAUCAGCGAAGACCAGCCCCCCAGGCUUCUGGAACUGGUCGAGGACUGUGGCCCUCUCCCUAUCGCCAACCCCAAGUGCAAACUUGACACAGAGAAGACCAAUAAGACCGCGCCUUUCCCCGGCUGCUGUCCGAAGUUCACAUGCGAGGAUGGUGCUAAACUAGAGUACCCCGAGCUGCCCACACCCCCCGCAGAAGACGAGCCUAAGGAGGAGAAGAAGAAGGCAUAAAUUAAAAAAUUAAAUAGUAUAAAAAACCUAAUUAUAAUAUAAUCUACGGACGCAAAUUCCCCAACACUCAGAUCUCCCGCGUUCGUCGUCAAAUUCUAAAUUCAAAUUUAUAUUGUGGUACAAAUGUUUUUCUUACCGUCUAUAAAUAACAUUUUGAGUUAAGAAUUUGUAAAAGAUAUCUGUUUUUCACGAUGUCGGAUCGCAUAAGUCCAUUUACAAUGUUUAUUUUUGUUAUCGGGUCACUUUCUAAUUGUCAUGGCACCGGGACUUUCAAUUGACUAUUGUUCGAAAUUCAAAAGCGGCUUCCUAUUUCCUGUUUUAUUCAUAAUAAAGAUCUAACUGUGACAAAAGUUGUUCAUUGUUGGCUUAUUGACAAAAAUGUCACUACCUAUUGAAAGCGAUCAUUGUCGACUUUUUUUAGAAUUGUAUCGGCUUUUUUACUUGAAUAAAAUGACUAUUAUAAGUAAUGUUUGUGAUAUUGAUAAAUAAUAGAAAAGUUAUUCAAUAAAAAAUACAAAAUUCUA